AUGGACUCGCCGGCGGUGAAUCGCUUGUUCCGAAGAUUGGCUGGCCAUCACUUCUGCCAUCAUGCGCAUCAGGCUCACCGACCUCUCUCUACUACACAAAUAUGCCGCGACAACAAGUACACGCGAUCAGGAUCCCGGCGAGAUGUCAAGACGACGUCCGAGAGCUCAUGGCAGCAACGGACCGAUCACUUCCCCGAGGACAAGCGAGCGGAGUUUCAGCGAUAUCCUAGCGUGACGGCGGACGCAUUACGGGCGAGGAGGGAACGGCCGCGGCGAGUGAAGAUGUUGAUGAGGGACUUCAUCGAGGACAGCCUGUACAACCCGCAUUAUGGAUACUUCAGCAAGAAUGUCACCAUCUUCUCGCCGGGAGCUCCGUUCGAUUUCAACAGCUUGAAGGAUGAGCCGGAAUUUUAUCAAAAGCUUGGGGAGCGCUAUACGGAGUUUGAGGACAAGCUUGACGAGGAGAAUCCGAGUGAGACGAGGCAGCUAUGGCACACGCCGACAGAGCUCUUCCGCCCAUAUUACGGAGAGGCUAUCGCAAGGUAUAUGGUGGCCAACUACAAGCUCACGCUGUAUCCGUAUCAUGAUCUUGUCAUCUACGAAAUGGGCGCAGGAAACGGCACGUUGAUGCUCAAUAUCCUGGACUACAUUCGUCACGCAGACCCAGAGGUGUACGCGCGAACCAAGUUUCGAAUUAUAGAAGUCUCCAGCGCUCUAGCUUCGAUCCAAGCAGACAAGCUCCUCACCACGGCAUCAACCAGAGGUCACGCAGACAAGGUCCAAAUCAUCAACAAAUCCGUCUUCGAUUGGGACCUCUACGUCCCGACACCCUGCUUCUUCCUCGCCAUGGAAGUCUUUGACAAUUUCGCGCACGAUGUCGUACGCUACGAUCCCUCCACCGAGGAAGUUCUCCAAGGCUCUGUCUUGAUCGACUCCGACGGCGACUUCUACGAAUUCUACUCCCGCACCCUCGACCCCGUCGCCGCGCGCUUUCUUCGAGUCCGAGAUGCCGCUUGCCAGGACCGAUCAUACCCUCAUCCUCUUCGUCAACCUCGCUUCAUCCGCCAACUCCGUCACCAACUCCCCUUUGCGCCCAAUCUCACUCAACCAGAAUACAUCCCCACGCGCCUAAUGCAGUUCUUCAGCAUUCUCUCCACCAAAUUUCCUGCCCACCGGCUCAUCACCUCCGAUUUUCACUCCCUGCCCCAAACGAUCAAGGGCUACAACGCGCCGGUCGUGCAGACGCGAUACCAACGGCGGACAGUACCGGUGAGUACGCCGCUGGUCCAGCAGGGCUACUUUGACAUCUUGUUCCCAACGGACUUUGGGGUGAUGGAGGAUAUCUAUCGCGCAAUCACCGGGCGGUUGACGAGGGUCAUGACGCACGAGGACUUUUUCCAGCGCUGGGCAUAUGUGGAGGACACGAGGAUGCGCAGUGGUGAAAAUGCGCUGUUGGGCUGGUACAAGAAUGCCAGUGUCAUGUUGACUGUGUAG